AUGGAAAUAACAAAUCUUUUAUGCAAAGCUUUACAACAACAAUCUCAAGAUAUUGUAAAUGCUAUGCAUCUUGUUUCAACUACAAAAUCACUACUUCAAAAGUUAAGAGAGGAUGGGUGGGAGCCAAUAUUUGAGAGUGUCACAUCAUUUUGUACUAGCAAUGCUAUUGAUAUUCCUGAUUUGAAUAGUCAAUAUAUUAGAGGUUGGUGUAAACCUCGUCAUAAGAAUGAUGACACUUCUAUGACUAUGGAGCACUAUUUUAAAUAUGAUAUAUUUACAGCUGCCAUAGACUUUCAAUUGCAAGAGUUAAAUGCAAGAUUUUGUGAUAAAACUGUGGAAUUACUCAUGCUUAGCUCAACUUUAAGUCCUAAAGAGGCAUUCAAGUCUUUCAAGGUUGAUGAUAUAUGCAAGUUGGUUGAGAAAUAUUAUCCAAAAGAUUUUACUGAUCAAGAGAAGAUUCACUUGAGGAUUCAACUACAACAUUAUGAGCUUGAUGUUUUAAAGCAUUUUGAUUUUCAAGAAAUUUCAACACUUUGUGAGCUAUGCUGGGUUUUAUCAUCUUCUGGGAAAUCAACAAUUUAUCACUUGGUUGAUAGAGUAAUUCGUCUUGUCUUGACUCUCUCAAUUUCAACUGCAACAACAGAGCGUGCUUUUUCAGCAAUGAAGCUUGUGAAAACUAGGCUUCACAAUAAAAUGGAAGAUGAUUUUCUUACAGAUACUAUGGCUGUUUAUAUUGAAAAGGAUAUUGCAAAGACAUUCACCACUGAAGAAAUUAUGGAAGAGUUCUACCAAAUCAAGAAUCGUAGAAGAACAUGA